AUGGAUCAUCACUUGUUCAAAAAUGACAAAACUAAGCCCUACAUCAUGCUGGAAGACACGGCGAAACCAGCAAAAUUUGCCGAGGCAUACAUGAGGAGAGGUGAAGAUGGAGGCGACGGACCGCAGGGAAACUGGGACAGCAGCCAGCAGCAAAGACCACGUCAUAUCGAGUAUGGACAACAGUCAUCGAGAGAGAUCAGCAGCCCAGAGCCACCGGAUGGAUUCAAGGGAUUUCCGGCGAAAAGGCCGUCACUGAAAAAGGCCGUGGCAAGCAUGCUGCUCCGGUGGCUCAUCGUUCUGGUACUAAUUGCAGGAAUCUAUGCCGUUCUAUAUACCUUUUCCAGCGAGCCGGUGCUUAGCAAGAGGAGGAAGCGAGUGUUUAACGCCCUCAUCACCGGCUUCUCCAUCGGACUCGCCCUAAUGGUGGUUAGUUUCAUGAACAGGAUCGUCGGCGACCUGCGCUGGCUUAUUCUGAGCCGACGAUCCUUUUCACACGGCAAGGUCGAGGCUAUUCUGCACGCGCACAGCCUGACGCGCAUCGCGAAGCUGAUCAUGAGCUCCAAACGGAUGGGAGUCUUGGCCGUCGCAUCACUCUGGCUAUUCAUCGCGCUGGCUGCUCAGGUGGCACUCGCCUCAAUCGGUCUUUGCUUUUCGAUGGAGAACGCGGAGGACAAGGCUCUAUUGGUCUCCGGGAAGGUCUUGAUUCGCAACAUGACUGCCAUAUCAACCACGACUUCGUCGGACUCGACCUCGCCUGCGGUCCUGAAAAAGGCUCGACAGUACACUGCCAACAGCUUUGGCGUCUUUGCACAAGUGUUCACCGUCGCCGGGCCUGAAAAAAAGCCCGAGCGGGGGGAUCUUUACUAUGCGGACAAUCCACUUUACUUUUGCGACCCGAACAUGGAACAAUCGAACUGCUCCUACGUUUUCCACGAGGCCAACCCCAACACCAUCAACAACAACGAUCGGUUGCCAGUCACGGCCGUCACGGAUCGAUCCAUCGAGGUCAACACCCAAUGCCGCGCGUUCCCCGUCAUUGAAAACGGUAACGGCACCCAGUCAAAUAUAACCAUUCAACUACCCGACAACCAAAAGGCGAUUGUCAGCCUGCCGGUCCGAGGUGGUCUCGAUCAAAACACUUAUAUGUUCGACAGCCGGGUGGAAUGCGGGCCGCGGUGCGCAAUAGUUACAAUGUUUGAAGCGGCGUACCCGGAUGCGUGGUGGUAUAACUGUACUGUUUCCGUGGGUGACGUCGAGGGUGCCACCCGGUCCGAGGAGAUGGUGGGUGAUGAGCUGGCUAGGAUGGCUGCUGCAGGUAUCUCCCUGCAGGGGUUCGCCUCGGUGUCUGCUGAUGCACCUUCGGGCGCUCAGAGCAAGGAGACCGAGGUAGUGGUCCAGUCACAGGUUUACCCUUCAGAGAACUUGUACGGUACGCCAUUCGGCGGUGAGGUCAAUUCCUUGGCUGCCACUAUUUCGAGGUUCGCCACCGGAGUCAUUGCCAUCGCUGCUGAGAACAACGAUGAAAUCGUCGUUUCGGGGAUGAUGCCCGAGAUUGGGAACAAGCUCAAGAUGGAGCACUGGCCCAUCAUCCAUGUGAUCCUGAUUGCCACAGCGACCGGUUUGCUUGUGCUUGGUUUGACCGGAGUGUUACUUGCGCACAAGAUUGUGAUUCCGCAACAGUCGCCCAUUGUCGAGGCCCAGGUGCUCAAGUCCAUGGUCAAGGCCGCCGUCCACUACACAGAGGCGGGUCUCCAGAAGCAAGCGACAGAUUUAAGGAGUGACAGCAGCACGAUUGGAAAGAAUUCGGCCAAGUCGAGACAAGAAAAGUCCAUGUGGAUAUACAAGGACAAGUAUUGUGGCAACGGGAUAUAUGACCUUUACAUGGAGGAGGUAACGCCUUUUAACUGA